AUGGCUUCCAGGAAUCUCACCACCGAUCAAUCUUCACUCCUCGAGUUUAAAGAUCGGAUCGUCGGUCCUCAAACUGUGUUGGCAACCAAUUGGACGAUCUCUAGCUCUGUUUGCAACUGGAUCGGUGUUUCAUGCGGUGUAAUCCACGAAAGAGUCAUUGCUUUGAAUCUUACAGACAUGAAUCUUAAUGGUACAAUCCCUCCUCACCUUGGGAAUCUUUCAUUUCUACUUUCUCUUGAUUUGGGUGGCAACAAUUUUCACGGCCAUCUGCCUGAAGAAUUGGGACAACUUCAUCGUUUGAGGCUCAUGGACGUACGCUUGAACAGUUUUAAUGGCGAAAUUCCAUCAAGUAUAGGCAAGUGCAGCAACCUUCAGAGUUUGGUGUUGUAUUCUAAUGCGUUCAGUGGGAUCAUUCCAAGAAGUAUUGGGAAUUUAACACGACUCAAAGAAUUGUAUCUAGGAUCGAAUCCCCUUGGAUCAAGUAACCUAAAAGGUGAAAUUCCUAAGCAAAUGGGUAAUCUUGUUAAUCUGGAGAUACUAUUUAUGCAACAUAUUAAAGGUCUUACAGGUCGAAUUCCGACUUCCAUCUUCAACAUUUCUUCUCUAAUUCUUGUUACUUUUUCCAACAAUAGUCUAUCAGGUACUUUACCUGAUGAUCUAUGCAGUCAUCUUCCGAAACUCGAAUAUCUUUACUUGUAUGGUAACAAAUUAUCCGGCAAUGCAAUGUCCCCCCCCCCCCCCAUGAUCAAGGUUCCAAAGCUUAGGCUGCUUAAACUAUGGGGAAAUAAACUUAGCGGAAGGAUUCCCAACUCUAUCUCCAAUGCUUCCAUGCUGGAGCAUCUAGACUUGGGAGAUAAUUUUUUCUCUGGUCUAGUUCCAGAUACGCUUGGCAACCUAAGAACCCUUGAAUUUCUCCAAAUUGCAAACAAUAAUUUGACCACAAAAUCUACUAAUCAUGAGUGGAUUUUGCUUUCUUCGUUGGUGAACUGUAAGAACUUGUCACGUGUAGAAGUUUCAGCAAAUCCAAUGAACGCUGUUCUUCCAUCUUAUUUUGGGAACCUUUCAACAUCCCUUCAAUAUUUUUCUGCUCAGGAUUGUCAGCUUAAAGGUAAUCUUCCAAUGGAAAUAGGUAACUUAAGCGGCAUGUUGCAUUUAGAGCUCCAAAAGAAUAAAUUGAGUGGGAUUAUUCCAACAUCGGUAGGAAGACUGCAAAAUCUCCAAGCUCUAAGUCUUUUCUCCAAUAAAUUAGGAGGUCCCAUCCCUAAAAGCAUAUGUGAUUUGGAGAGAUUAUAUGCCUUGGUUCUCUGA